AUGGGGUGCCGUCGAGCAUGCAGCGACAUCACUCUGGGAUUGGGAGUCGAGGAGCACGUGGACCCGGAUGGAGCUGACAGGAUCGGGAAGCUGCAGAGGACACUGGUCGAGCAUGAAACCGUGGCACACUAUGUGGAUGGGCAGUGGAUGAGGAGAGGAUGGACGUCGUCGAGCAACGUCGAACAAGAUGGGAAGGGGAGCCGGGAAGCACUAGGAUUGGGAUGGAGCUGGAAACCGCGAAGAAUUUUUUUUCACGAGGCGUGGGAUUUCCAAUGA